UUGCUAUUCCACCAUUGCACAACAAAACAAAGCAUCCAUCCAACGCUUCCACCCCCCUCCCGCGUGCACCCCUGCGUGCAAUUCCGCCUCCGCAGCAUGUUGCCUGUUCGCUCAAGCACCACACUCUCCCUGCCAGCGAAAGCAAGCCGAACACUUGCUCUUCGACGGGCCGCACGCUUCUCAUCAUCCUCCCCCUCCUCCUCCUCCUCCACCUCCUCUGCCAAUCUGUACGCGCACAUGCCAAAGAGCGGCACGAUGUUAUGCACAGUUGCUGCUGCCAGACGCUCUUCUCUUGCGCUCAGUGUUGGUCAGGCACCGACCGGUGCGAGGGCCGUGCAUGGCGCUGUCAGGAUGGAGGAGAGGAUGAUGCAGGGAUGUGGUAGGAUGCUUGCUGAUACAAAGUAUGCCCGACCAACUCGCACAGAUCUUGCCUUUGGAGCGCAGCGCAGCGCAUCGCGCGUCGAUCUGUCCACCGCCACGCAUCAGCGUCGAACGUACAGCAGCGGCAGCAGGAGGAGCAGGAGCAGGAGCGGCGGCGAGGGCGAUGCGCGCUCUUACGCACUCGACGCACGUACGCUGCUGCUCUCGCUCGCGCUAACGUUCGGCAUCUCCCUCACCUUUUUCCAUUCCCUCUUCCUCGAUGCUCCACCGCACACCGCCUCUGAUGCGGCGGCGGCGGCGGCUAGGAUCGAUGGAGGGUAUGGCACGCUUGAUGCAGAUGCAGAGGGGCAGAGUAGGGAUGCGCAAGAGGUGGAGAAGAGUCAGCAGGAGUUGAUGAGGGAUAGAGCGGAUAGGUUGGGCGUUCAUGCUUGGGGUGGUAAUCGGUACCUGGUGGUAGCGCCCGACGCGCCCUCUCUUACGCUCGUCAAGACACCCAGGCCCAUCUCCUACUUUGAAGGCAUGGCUUUGCGCUCCAUCGCUUUGAUGGAGAAGCACGGCGUCUGCGUGGAUGCUGCAGGGGACGUGUAUCAGUGGGGCCUGGGAUUCUUCGAUAGCUCCUCGCGCGACGUUCUCAAGGGCGUAGUGGGCGCGCUGGACGAGGUGCCGCUGGCUCGUAGGAGGGAAAAGGAAAGGGCAAACGAGCUGGUUCCCAGGUCGAAAGAGACCAGAGCGAGAGCUCCAAUCAAGACGUUGCAGGGAAAGGAUAUCAUCAAGGUGACGGCGAAUGAUGAAAAGGUGUUUGCGCUGAGCAGAAGAGGAGAGGUCUACGUCUUCUCGGCAUUGCAGAGCUUGCAGGAUGCUCAUCGCAAAAAGGUCGCGUGGAGCGCAAACCCGUUCAAACUGUUCAAUCUGCGCAGCACGGACGAGAUCGAUUACGAAAAGUACGAAUUCAAACAGAUCGAUCGCAAUGUGCCUCUGCUCAGUCAGAGCGCCGUAGCUUCGCGUGGACAAGGCAGUGCGGCAGCAGCAGCAGCAGCUUCAUCGAAUUCGACCAAAAGAGCGCCUGUACCCGUACAAUCUCUGGGCUUUUGCCUACCCAAAGACGAAAAGAUCAUCGAUAUCCGCAAUGGCGCUUCUCACUUGUUGGCCCUCUCCUCGCACGGCAGGGUGUUUGUGAGCAGCACAGACGGAGCGGGCAACGAGUAUGGACAGUGCGGAACGACGCGGUUUUGGAUCGGAAAGAGGUCGCACGCGCUUGGACAGAGGGGCUCGACGGAGGAGAAAAAGUUCGAACUUGGUGCGUUUAGGGAUCAACAGCCGCAGCAGAUUGGAGAGGGAGGAAAGAGCGUGGAUCUUUUGGCUCCUCGAGAUCCGCAUGCUGUGCGCGGUUUACCGGACUGGGCAUUGCCGCCGGGUAUGGAAGGCUACAGACCACCUCAACCUUUACCUCGCGCACGGAGAAGCGUGAUGACGCAAGACGAAGAUUUGGAGCAUGCUCUUUCCAUUCGCUACAACACCACGCUAUUCGAACUGCCAUCGCUGCGUGGCGUGCCCAUCGUAAAGAUUGCAGCCGGCUCUCAUCACUCCCUAGCCCUCACGGCCAACGGCACUCCGCUGGCUUGGGGAAAGCAGACGCACGCGGCUACAGGACUUGCGGGAGCUUAUCUGGGCAUGGAAGCCAUUCCCACACCCACCGAAGUCAACCUGAGGAAAGCCAUUGCCAGCGAUUCGACCGACGUCACCACCAUCCACAUUGAGGCUACGGCGGACAACAGCUUCUUCGUCCUCAGCAGGAGAGUUCCGCCCAGCAAAUCUACACCCCUCUCCACCUCUUCCUCUCGUCAGGCAGAGAGGAUAGAAGUGAUUGCGUGCGGCAAGGGACAAUGGGGAACGUUGGGAAAUGCCAUGUGGCCGCAUGUCAGUGCGCCUAGUCGGGUCAAGACUGUCAGUGGACUUUUGGAAUAUUCGGAAUUCUCGGGACAGACGCAUGCUGUACCUAUUCAUCAUAUUGCCGCCGGCGCGCCAGGGCACGUAGCCCUGGUACUCGACACGGUAGACUCUGGCGUCUCCUCUUCCUCUUCCUCUAAUUCCGGCAGCGUUCCCACGCACACGGCAUUCGGAAGGGACGUGAUGGUGUGGGGACACAAUUCCGCCUUUCAGUUGGGCACGGGAAGGAGAAACAAUCUGAACGUGCCGGCGCAUCUGCAUCCUUUGCCUACGAGACCUGUCUUGCCGGCGGCGGCGCAGGAACAGCAAGCAUCGGGAUGGAGGGGUGCGGGAGCAAAGGAAAAGGAGAGGAAGAGGUUGGCGGAGGAGGAUGUGAAUAGCGGAGCGUUGACGCAUAUGCCUCAUAAUCGUCUGCAGCUAUCCUCGACAACGAAGACUUCUUCGCGCGUAGGCAACGUGUCCAACGUGGACUUGGACCCGGACGCGUGGACGCUGCGAGAUGGCGAAUCGUCGCCGCGAUUGCGAGAAGAGGCGUCGGAGGGGAAUGUGAAGAGGAAUGUGCUGGUGGAAGAGGCCAUCACGGCGGGCGAUACGUGCAUGGCGGUGUAUUGGAAAGCUCAACCUUGA